CCCCAGAAGCAGCAGAGAGGUUGCCAUGGCUUUUGUCAGCUACUCAGUGGUGUUCAGGUCUCUGCUUUUAGUGGUGGUUGUAGCUCUCAGUGUAAGCAGCUCACCCCAUGGGAGGGCAGCUCGGCCUCGACCCAACAAGGGCAGUGGCUCUGGGAGGCUUGGUGAAGAUUGCCUGAACCCAAAGGAUCCCAAAUUCCCUUCCACAGUGAAAGUUGACAUUCGGAUCAGCACUUCAGAUCAUGGCUCUAGGGUGGUCCACGAUGUCAGCAACCGCUCCCUUGCUCCUUGGGAUUACAGGCUGGAUGAGGAUCCCAACCGCUUCCCCCAGGUGAUUGCUGAUGCUCAGUGCCGCUUCUCGGGCUGCAUCACCCCCCUGGGCCAGGAGGAUCACAGCCUCAACUCCAUCCCCAUCCACCAGGAGAUCCUUGUCCUGAGGAGGGAGCAGAGGGGCUGCCUGCCCACCUACCACCUGGAGAAGAGAAUCAUCACCGUGGGCUGCACCUGUGCUGCUCCUGUCAUCCGCCACCACUCCUAG